GCGCAGCGACGCACCCGCGCGCGCACUGCCACGUGACCGCGAUGGAAUGAAAACAAUGCGACGCGCAGUUGUCAAUCAGGAAGGUCGGAAGCCCCGCCCACAUUCUGUGGCGUUGGGAGCGGUGAGGAGAAAAUAGAUUUUGAUCGCAGCUCUGAGCCCUGAUACAGGCUUCAUUUAAACAAGUGGGCAAACACUGAAAGGAAUUAAAAAUAAACUCGUGGGAAAGCCAACUCAUCUAAACGGCGAAAAUGAAAAUGUAAAUCAUCCCUGAAUGGCAAGGAAAUGGCCACGGAAACCUCCCACAUUCAACCAAAAGACAGACGCACCACCUUACCCAUGGGGCAUUCAAUUUCUUGCAGAUAAGGAUGCCCAUAAGAAGGAAAGCAAAGCAGAUUUUAUGUUGAAACAAAUUUAAGGACCACAAGCAUCAAUAAAAAGAAGGAUUGAAAAUCUUUGCAGUGCCUGAAACUCAAACACAGCUUAUUUAUGAUAAACAAAAAUUGGUUUUGUGAUGAGGCCAAAGACCUUUCCAGCCACUUCAUAUACCGGAAACAGCCGCCAGAGACUGCAGGAAAUUCGAGAGGGGUUGAAACAACCUCAUAAACCUUCAGGCCAGGCUUUAACUGGUGGCUCCAACAAUGAAACCCCACUAGACCUGAAAUCUGUUGUUGCAAAGGAUGCUACUAGACAACAGCAAAUGCGACCUGUACCGAAAUUUGGGCCUUAUCAGAAAGCUCUCCGAGAAAUCAGAAACUCCCUGAUGCCAUUUGCAAAUGAGUCUGGUUCAUCUACUAGUGUUGAAGUAAAUAGACAGAUGUUACAAGAAUUGGUAAAUGCUGGAUGUGAUCAGGAAAUGGCAAUCCGAGCACUGAAGCAGACUGGCAGCAGAAGCAUAGAAGCUGCUCUAGACUUCAUAAGUAAGAUGGGCUAUCUAGACCCUCGGACUGAACAGAUCGUAAGAGUAAUUAAGCAAACAUCAGGAAAAAGUAUUGGACCACAUCCUCUUGAUCGUAGGCCAAGUUUUGAAGGAUCAAAUGACUCUUUGUGUACCUAUCACCAGUUGGGCAAUCCAAUGUAUGAUUUAGCAGAUUCUGGAGCUGCAAAUGCACCAAAUAUGAAUUUUUUAGUUGCUGCUGGACAAGCCAUAACUGUCAACACUCCAGGGCAAAGGUGCUCUCCCUUAGGACUUCACUCUGCAAUUGUUGGACAGAAUCCUCCAUCAAAUGCUAUAUUCCCAUCCACAAGCUGUGAUAUUAAACAUCAACAAAUACCAUAUUCGGCCAAAGGAGAAACAGGCCAAUCUCUUCAAAUGAUAAAUUACACUCUUUCAAAUCACAGCGGCCAAUCAAUUACAUUGCAAAAUCCUCAAGUGUCAAGCAAUCCACAUUAUAUGAGGCAGCAUUUAAUGGCUCAAGGAGAAAAUAAUGUCUCCUUAGGUUAUGCUGUCCAAAGGAGUUCAUCUUUCCAAAACAAGGUGCAACAGGAAGGCAAUUAUGGAACCCUUCAGAAUAAAAGCCCUGUUACUCAAGGCAUUCCUGGCCAUACGUUCCAACAACCUCCAACAGUUUUAUACUUGUCGCAGUCCCAUCAUAGACAACAAAGUCCUACAUCUCCUCAAAUACAAAUGUUAUCAAGCCGCACUUCUUCAUUUGGAAAUGAGUUUUCGGAACUUGCUCCAAAUAUGAUCACACCCUCAAGAAAUAGCCUCAAUGUGGACAUUUUUGAUAUAAAUCCUUCCCAGGUGCAACAUUGGCAAGUAUCAUCUCCAUCAAGGAGGGAUUCCAUUCAGAACACUGGACUAGAAACAUUGCCAAGACCAGCUGGCCAUCUUAGGCCAGAUAGCCAAAUACCAAACAGAACUAAUUCGUUCAAUAAUCAACUUCAAACUUCACCAUCUGUGAGACAAAUUCAAACAGGCAAAACAGAGUCAUCCCUAAACACUACCAAUACUAUCACAGCAGUAACAUCAACCCCUAUUCUUCAACCUGUGAAGAGCAUUAGAGUUCCAAGACCUGAACCUCAAACAGCUGUAGCACCUUCACAUCCGGCAUGGUUGCAGAAUCAGGGUACGGACAAUAAUGAUAUACUGGAGCAAAAAUCCUUGACAGCAGCAGGAGCAGCAGCCUAUGUCCUUGAAACUGAUGAUUACACUAUGAAAGAGCGUAGAUGUCCUCCACCACCAUAUCCAAAACAUUUAUUACUUCAGAACAAUACAGAGCAAUUUGAUGCUAACUCUGUAGCCAUGGAUGUGGAGCAGUGUAUCCGUGGUGUUCACAAUUUAACAUGCAAUAAAACUGAGGACAACAACAAUGAAAAAAGUGAGAAAAGUAGCAAGCCUAACAAACCAGAGAAGAUGGGAAAGGACAAAAAACGCAUUCAAACAUCCCCUGUGCCAUUUCGCAAAAAUAAAGAUGAAGAGAAAAGGGAAUCGCGAAUUAAAAGUUAUUCCCCUUUUGCUUUUAAAUUUUUCAUGGAACAACAUGUAGAAAACAUCAUGAAAACAUAUCAGCAAAAAUUAAACAGAAGGUUGCAGUUGGAGCAAGAGAUGUCAAAGGCAGGACUAUCCGAGGCAGAACAGGAGCAGAUGAGGAAAAUGCUUAAUCAGAAAGAGUCUAAUUACAACAGGCUGAAAAGAGCAAAAAUGGACAAGUCACUCUUUGUAAAAGUUAAGACACUGGGAGUUGGUGCCUUUGGGGAGGUCUGCCUAGCUCAAAAGGUGGAUACAAAUGCUGUAUAUGCAAUGAAAACUCUACGGAAAAAGGAUGUGCUGAGUCGUAAUCAAGUGGCUCAUGUGAAAGCAGAGAGGGAUAUUCUGGCUGAAGCUGACAAUGAAUGGGUAGUCAAGCUCUACUAUUCUUUUCAAGAUAAAGAAAAUUUAUACUUCGUGAUGGACUACAUCCCAGGUGGAGAUAUGAUGAGUCUUUUGAUACGAAUGGGAGUUUUUCCUGAGUCACUGGCAAGGUUCUAUAUUGCAGAAUUGACUUUAGCCAUUGAAAGCGUUCACAAAAUGGGAUUUAUUCACAGGGAUAUUAAACCUGACAACAUCCUUAUUGAUCUUGAUGGACACAUUAAACUCACAGACUUUGGUCUUUGUACUGGAUUUAGAUGGACUCAUGAUUCCAAAUACUAUCAGAAAGGGAGCCAUGUGAGACAGGACAGUAUGGAACCAAGUGAUCUCUGGGGAGAUUUGUCUGACUGUAAGUGCGGUGACAGAUUAAAGACCCUUGAACAGAGGGCUGCCCGACAACACCACAGAUGCCUAGCCCACUCAUUAGUUGGAACUCCAAACUACAUAGCUCCUGAGGUUCUGCUACGAAAAGGAUACACUCAACUUUGUGACUGGUGGAGUGUGGGAGUUAUCCUCUUUGAAAUGUUAGUCGGGCAGCCUCCUUUUCUUGCUCCAACACCUGCGGAAACUCAAAUUAAGGUGAUAAAUUGGGAGAGCACACUCUCCAUUCCUCCACAAGUAAAGCUUAGUUCUGAGGCAACAGAUCUCAUCAUAAAGCUCUGUUGUGGAGCCAGUGACAGAUUGGGUGGAAAAGGAGCAGAUGAAAUUAAGGGUCAUCCUUUUUUUAUUACCAUUGAUUUUUCUGAAGACAUACGCAGACAGCCAGCACCCUAUGUCCCAAAGAUAAGCCAUCCCAUGGACACUUCCAACUUUGACCCAAUAGAAGAAGAGAACUCCUGGAAUGACAGCAGCGAUAGCACCAAAAUGUCUGACACACUAACUAGUUCUGUUAGUGGCAAUAAGCAUCCUGAACAUGCAUUUUAUGAGUUUACCUUUCGAAGAUUUUUUGAUGACAAUGGUUAUCCCUUUCGAUAUCCAAAGCCCUUGGACACUGGUGAGCCCAAACAGAAUCAGCCAGAUGUGAGCCAGAGGAAUUCUGUUGACCACAGUGAAAGCUAUCAGCCUGUAUAUGUUUAAAGUGUAUAUAUACAUUUUAUGUGAAGUUUCUCUGUUAUGCCAUAUGAAACAGUGCAACAUACAAUAGAAAUGAAGAUUGAUUGUUGAAAACAGAAAGCACUUACUUUGUCUUUGUGGCAUAUUAUGCCCUCUGGAAUGGUUGUUGAGCUCCUGCUGCUGAGUGUGUUCUUUGCAAAAUGUGCGAUAUUUAACAUCAUUAAUUUUAAAGCAGACAGUGUAGCUCUGCUGUAUAAAAAACAAAUAGACAACAAACUCUGAAUAUAUCUGGAACAUAGUAAAGAUUGCAAAUAUAUGGAGAAAGCUGUAAGUGGUUUUCUGGCUACGUGCAAUAAUAUGUAAAUCAUUAUAUGUUUUUAUAUAUAGUACAAUUGGUAACUGCAAUACAAAAAUGUACAAUUAUCUUAUAAACAUUGUUAAUUUUAUAAUAAUCUAUAUUGAAAGGUCUGGAGCAAAUUGCAUAAUACUUGAUGCUGCUUUAUGUCCUUGUAUGAUACAUACAAACUAUUUUUCAAUACGAACUGAGAAAAGGGUGUGUUGAUGAAUGGAUAAUGCAUCCUCGUAUGCUUUUAGUGUGUGGAACUGAAUGCAUGAACAGUAUUCUUUUUCUUCUUAGUAAAAUCACUUUAUGGAAUAUUUUUAAAACAGGCAGGUCCUGUGUGAAUUUAUAUGAAUUUUUUAAAAAAUUAAGCUCUUUCUUGAGAAGCCAUUAUGUUAGUCUGCCUCUUUAGUACAGUCUGUGAUUUUGUUUCCUUUGUGUGUUCUACAUAUCAUAAUUUUGUUCUUCUAUUCACAAUCAUACAUGUUUUAAGAUGUUAUUGCAGUCAAACUAGCUGCCAUUUUCAACCUAUUUACAAAUUAAUAUGGACACAGAAUGUUUCACUAUUAAUCAGUGUGAAGUCACUAUGGUCCAAUGGAAAUUAUGUUGUAAUAAACUGAAUUUAAAAUUAUUGAAAAAGUUCUAUUAUUAGUUAUUAUCAUUGAUUUAUGAGUCUAACAAAAACCUCCUAAUGUAAUUACUUAUAGAAGAUAAUUUAUUUUCUGUUGUUUCUUAGCUGCACUUAAUUCAUUUUAAUUGAUAUUGAUAUGCAAAAUUGUGACAUUUAUCAGGUUUUCUAAUCAUUUAUGCUGUUUCCUUAUUUCUGAAAUUAAUUUGACAUAAUCAAAAAAUAAUGGAUCUGUUUUUACUACCAGCUCCAGAGGUGUGUUGUAGCAUCUGUGAACAGUUUGAUAAGAAAAAUAGAUACCAAAAAUCUGACCAAUGUUAAGAUAAAGAAAACUUGCAACAGUAGUCAGUUUGACUGACUGUUACAAUAUUAAUGGACUAACGUUCAAUAAAUUAUUGUUGCAUCUAUUAUUGGACAAGUCAUAAAUUAUAAACAUUACAUUUAGUUUUAUUCCUAGGACAUUCAUUAACUAAAUUUGUAACACUUUUUACCAUUCAACCUACUUGGUUACAUUUAGUCAGGAUCUUUUUGUUGCUUUGUUUCCUGCAGAUAAAUUCUGUCAAUUUUUCAAAGGGGUAAGUAUGGAAAAUAGCUGAAAAGCUACAAAGGUAUGGGAUAAGGGUAGCAGAACAUUUGGAAAAGUGAUAACAGAUUAUUAUCUAGAACAACAUUCUGUGUCAAAUUGAAAUGUAAAGAGGUUGAUUACUAGGAGAUAUUUCUGUUAUACAGUCAUCAGCAAAUAUGCCCAAAUCUGAUAUGGAAAGCUGGUCACAAUUUGGAAUAACUGCAUUUACAUUUAUUAUGACAAUUUUAUUUGGCUGUACAAUGUAUCAAGUUUUUUCCAAUUUUGAAAAACUUUGAGUUAUCUAUGCAGUGUGGAGAUACAAUUAGUAAAUGUCCUUGUAAACCUUUUUAGAGCACACAAUCUUCUAAAAUAAAAAGCAUAUGCUAUUCAAACUUUA